GACUACUACAAGUACCAUAAUAUGUCAGAGAUCACCGCAUGGAUGGCUCAGAUUGUAAAGGAAAAUCCUGAGAUGGCAACUAUAAUCAGUUAUGGCAAGACCUACGAGAACAGGACUAUCAGAUUGCUCAAGAUUGGUCUGAAGACUGCAGAGAAAAAGAAAGCAAUCUGGAUGGACUGUGGCAUACACGCCAGAGAAUGGAUCGCCCCGGCCUUCUGUCAGUACUUCGUCAGACAGAUUCUGCAAACAAACAAAACAGACCCAGACAUGCACGAGAUGAUGAAGAACAUGGACUUCUACAUCACGCCUGUGCUCAACAUCGACGGCUACAUGUUCUCGUGGGAGAACGAAACGAAUCGACUGUGGAGGAAAUCCAGGUCUCCAGGACCUGCGGGUUGUGACUGUUAUGGCACCGAUCUCAACCGCAACUUUUACGCCAACUGGGGCACUGUUGGUGUGUCAUUUGACUGCUGCUCCCAAACUUACUGUGGACAAAAGCCUGUGUCUGAACCCGAGGCCCAGGCUGUUACUGAGUUUGUAGAAUUCCACAAGAACGAUUUCCUGUGUUUCCUAACCAUCCACUCCUACGGACAACUGCUCCUGGUUCCCUACGGACAUCCCAACAUCACCGCCCCCAACUACAACGAGCUGAUGGAGGUGGGUUUGGGUGCAGCAGAGGUCAUGAAGAAGGUCCAUGGGAGGCACUACACUGUGGGAACCUCACCAGAUGUGUUGUAUCCCAACUCUGGGUCAUCCAGAGACUGGGCUCGGCUGAUAGGAAUCCCUUAUUCCUACACCUUUGAGCUCAGAGACCACAAGGAAAACGGAACGCACGGCUUCCUGCUUCCCGAGGACCAGAUCCAGCCGGCCUGUGAAGAGGCAUACAGCGGAGCCCUGCACAUCAUCACCUACGCUCACAACAAGUUCUUCCACAGUGACCAUAACGCUGCAGCCAGCACCACCAUGACCCUGUGGCUCAUGAUACUGGCCAUUUUUGUCAGUGGCGCCACUCUGGUGUGAGGUGACAAAUCUGCUUCCAAACUUUGCCCAAAAAAGUCCAAAAGGCCCCUCUUUCCCAAGUGUGUAUGCCCAAACAACAUUCCUAAAUCCUACUUUUCUACUCCAUAGUUUCUAUUUGGAAAGUGAAUUUGGACAUGCAUUAGUCCCAAAAGA